CACAACACCAACUCGCUGUCAAAAACCUGUCAUGUCUAUUUGAGGUUACGACUUUGAAGGAAAAACACCAUAAUCACAAAUAAAUAUUUAUUUGUAUAUCCUUGCAUCACUUAGCAAAAUAUUUGCGUACAGUUCUUGAAAUUAGCAAAAAACUUCUUUUUAUAACCGUUUUCCAAAAUCCGUAACAGUGGACGACUACACGAUGAGCGACGAUGAUCGGGACAUCGACGUUGAAAGUGAUGAAGGGGAUGACUCCGAUUCACGGCAGACUACACCUAGACCAAAUAUUGGCGGGCAAUAUUACUCUCAGGCAGAGAAAAGAGCUCAUCAUAAUGCACUGGAAAGAAAACGGAGAGAUCACAUAAAAGAUAGUUUUAGCAGCCUGCGAGAUUCUGUACCUGCAUUGAAUGGAGAAAAAGCAAGCAGAGCACAAAUACUGAAGAAGGCAGCUGAAUACAUCCUAUUCAUGAGAAAAAAGAACAGUUCUCAUCAGCAAGAUAUAGAAGAUUUAAAGAGACAAAAUAACUUGCUUGAGGCACAAAUUCGAACACUGGAAAAGGCAAAAUCGACGGGAUCCUUUGGAAUGGAUUCUGACGCAAAGGACUCAAUUUUUAACGAAACUGAAUCAGAUACCUCGGACGCAGACAGUGGAGUGCCACAGAGACAGACGAAAAAAAUGAAAAUCGGGUCGUACCAUUGAAAUUUUAGAAUUAAAAUGAAAGCAUUUGUGGUUUAAUCUGUAAUCAUAUUAUUUUCCUUUUAAGAUGUUGUUUAGGUUUAAUACAGAGUUGUGGUUAAAACAGUAUGUUGUAAUUUUAAACUAUUUCUGUUUUGGUAGUUCCAAGUUUCGUCGAUUUUGGGCUUUUGUACAAAUUUCUCAAUUAUGCUGUAAAUAAUGCUUUUAUGAACACAACUGUUUUUCUUUAUUUUUAGGGUACAUUUUUAUACCGUUCGGCUUUGCAAGAAAGUUUUGAUUCAUGGGCUAUAAUUUUCGACAGCAUUCUUUUAAUUUCUACGACAACAUCGACGAAUAUAGGGAAAAUAUGUGUUUCAUGACAUUGAACGUCGAACCAUAAUUCUCUAAUGAUACAUCACAAAGCAAACUUGACAGCAUUUAAUGUAGGUCUGAAUUAAAAUGCGUAUAAAGGUAUUCAUUCAUUCGAUAACAAAGUGCAGAUUGUUAUUUCUUACGCAUUUUCGUGACUUAGUUUCCUAUUCCUUCAGCAGUAGUCUGUUUCUAAGAGUGAUUCGGUUUCACAGCACCGUGUAGCUUUUCUGAAGAUUCUGGGAAGAUAUGGCAACUGCGCAAAUUCAAAAUUUAAAACAUGGAACAAGCAUAUUCUGUCCGUUCACAACGCGCAUGAGCAAAUGGUGCUUAUUAUUAUAGCCCGGUAGUUAUAGAAUGUAGAAAUUUGGAAUCUUCAAAAAUGUUUAUUUUUAUGCCUAAAAAAGGACAAUGCAUGAUCUAGUAUUGGAUGAAGCGACCUUCAUAAAGCCGAAAAUGGCACAGAGGUAGCAAAUCGUGCGAAAGUGAUUUCACGGGAGGUGGGGGUCUUAAAUUGAAAUUAUAAUAAAAUUUUGCGAUAUUUUGCAUUUUUUCUGAAAAACUAAAAAAAAACUACUUGAGCAAGCGUAAAAGAGCGUUUCAAAAGCAUAAAAACGGGCUAUACACUUUGCUAAAUUUGACUCGAAAGUAUGAAAAAACCGGAAGCAAAGAGGGUCAUGUCACGGAAAGCGGCAUCUUGUCAAGAAACCAAUUAAAAAGAAAAACGAAACCUUUGAACAAAGAGGAAUAAAGAAAUAGAAAAAAUGCGCGUUCUAAAAGUCCAAUGUCUGGGCUUUGUCACGCAAAAAUUGCUUCGUUACCUUGUGAUGAGAUAGAAAUUGAACAUCGAACAGCACGCUUUAGACCCAAAAAGGUCAAUAUUCCGACGUUUAAACAUUUUUUAUUCGAAACGAGUGCCCUAAACGGAAAACACCCUAUCUCGGUAAUUUAUAGUAUUCGUCGAGAUGUACAAAAUGGGCUAUGCAAAAUUUCUUUUCUAUUUGCCGCAGAGAAGUUAUCGACUUUUUAGCGUCGCUUCAAACAUUUUUACAGGAUUUUUCUUUGAAAACUUCUAAAAAAAAACUAAGAUGCGGAUCCAGUAACAUACAAAACGUCCAUCAUUUAGCUAUCUAAUGCGACCGAUCUCGAGUCGAUAUUUUGAGAAAUGACGGGCGAUACACGAACAUCUACCCUUUUUUCGACUUUAACCGCCGUUUUGUAUCACUCUUCUCUUCGUACUUUGACGGUUCGUACUCGCUCGUAAAGCGCCGAGUUUCUAGUUUCCGAAACGGUAUCGUUUAAAACCUUCCACGAACCAUCAAAGAAAAUCGGAAGUGAAAAAAAAACAAAAGAUCGUCGCUUAAUAUUGUCGAAUAUGAUUGACAUUUUCAGCACAAAACUGUAGUGCAAUGAUACACCCCAGAAGUACAAAACCAUGGUAAGUAUCAUUAUUUUGUAAUAAAGUUGAUUCAUCUAACUAUUACCGAUAUUUUUGUGUACCUAGGUUCAUAAACGAAUCAACUUUUGAAUUACUUAAGAAAAUGGAAACCAUUAUCCAUUUAAUAAUAAUAAUAAAUUGCCUUUUUUUCAGGUCAUUACAAAAUAGAAAAAAAGUGAUAAAAAGGUGGAGUGUCAGAUUAUGCUGCCUAAAGACAGACACAACUAAUAUUCUACUGUUAAAAAAAGACAAAUUUUAGCUAACACAGUUCACACCAUUGAUCAACACAAAAGAAAAUCAUAUAAUAUUACACUUCACACAGAAAGGAAAUAAUCAAUUGCCUAUAAAGCUGCGUAAAGUUAAAUUCUAGCCAUCCUAUUGCUUUAAGGUCAUCUUUAAACCUUCUCUUUAAAUAUCGCCCACUACUUUUUCUUUUAAUAUAACCCGCUAUUACAAGAUACAACAAUCCGCAAUAAGAUAGUGUAUGAACAUACAUAAAAAAUAAUGGUCCACAUCAUUAGAAUGAGCAAAUAUGUGAUUUUCACAUCCAAUUGCUUUAUUUCAGAAGGAAUUGCUAAGACCACCAGUGUUUGAUUUUGUACCUAAUAAAAAUAAAUGGCGUAUCACAAUUUUGUAUUUCUCUGAACUUCUUGAAAAUGUUAAUAUUUUUGUGCAUUCAAUAUGAUGUUUUUGAGAUAUUUUGAAUUUGCGCAGUUGCCAACUCUUAGUAAACUAACUACUGCUACAAGAAUACGUUUGUGUAGAAUUCGGCAUAUUUUUGUAAGAAUCUGGUCCGUUCAUUGCCAUGGCCCUAUUCAAGAGCAUUUAUGUGGUUCUAUAUACUAAGCAUAUUACAUUAUAUUUUGUUGGAAAUA